AUACUGUUCUGCCUUUCUGCCGUCAUUUCAGACGCGAGUAGACGUCGUGCUAAAGAAAACUUAUAUUUCUUUUUCCAUCUCCUACAUACCUACAUAUUUUAAGAGGAUGAACACCCUCAAAGCUGUUUUAAUCGCCUGCUUGUUCUUGGCAGCUUUAACCGCUCCCAUUUCCGGUACAGAAGAAAAACAAUUGCCGGGAUAUUUUGAUCGAUUACGUAGAGGAAUUAUGCGCUAUGGAAAAAGGGACAGCAGUCUUGACGAAGAAAUUUUCAAAAGAAUAUUCAGAUAUGGAAAAAGAGCCGAUGAUGGAUUUGAAAGACAGGACCGAAAUGCCCAUAUACCGUUUAGAUUUGGGGAAAAAGAAGAAUAAUUUCUCAUAAAAUUUAUUUUUCUGUCCCUAUCUUUACACUUUAUUUUGUCGAAUUUUGUCGUAGCGCGUUAAGGGCUAUCUCCUGCAAUGUGUAACUGAGUAAAUCCGUACAAACAAUAUUUAAUAAAUAAUUCAUUUAGAGUAAACAAAUUUCUAAUAAUUUUUAUUUAUCAAUAUUUACCUAUUUGAAUUUUUUUCUUUAUUUGUUCUCUUUCUCUUUCUCUCUUUCUGUGUGUGUCUCUCUCUCUCUCUCUC